GAGACGGCAUUUUUACCGCAUUUUUUUUGCAAAAUGUGUCUAAACCUGGUUAAAUGUUUUAGAAAAACAAGUUGUGUGAGUGGAAAUCGCUACACUAUCUAAUAUCUAUAUGGCAAAGCCUAAAUAUAUAUGAAAUAUAAAGUAAUUAAUAUUCAAAAAUGCGUACCUAAUGGAAAUCUCGAAAUUGCAUAUUCUAUAUACACUAUUAAAGCAGAUGCGUGUAUAAUGUAUCCAAUUAUUUUGAUGUACUCUUACAAAAGAUUUAAUUAAAACUUAGUUAGGACACGGCACUUCCAAGUUCAAUUGGAAGAUUUACCAUUUUCACAUUUUGAUUUAUCUUUUUUUUUUGGUCUUACCAUAAUACCUAAAAUAGUGUACAAUUAAGUGAGUCGGUUUUAUUUCCAUAGCUUUCAAAUAAAAGGAAGAAAACAAACAAUUUCAAAACUAGCCAUUUAAUAGUUGUUUGGUGUUGGUUGGAAGCUUUAAGGAGCAGGCUUAAUAGAAAAGUUUGCUUAAUUACGUGUGACACUGAUAUAUUUUAUUGUUUACUGAAACAGUUUAUGUAUAUGUGUCGUUUUUAUGUGAUAAUGACAUAAGUAAUAAUAGAGUAAGGACAAAAUAUUAUUCAGAAUGGAUCAGAUGCUUCCUAGCCCUGGGUUUAGUAUACCCAGCAUAGGAACUCCAUUGCAUCAACCUGAAGAAGAUCAACAGAUCCUUCCCAAUGCCUUACAACAGCAACAACAAUCCCAACCUCCAACAAGCCAAGUACCUCCGUUGGCGCCCAUGGGAGGUUUAACGCCAACUCUUGGUUUAGGUAUGGGCAAUGCUAUGACAUUGCCCCACACAAAGUAUGUUACCGGAUUUGCUUUACCCAUGAGCAAUGUCAGUGGUAGUGGUAUGACACCACAAACUCCGCAACAUGCAAUGAUGUCGCCAAUGGUAAAUUUAGGAGGGACAGCAGGCGGAGCCUCCGGAACCACUCCGCAUACUGGUCCGGCAACUCCUUCCCCCAUGACUCCGAUGACACCACACUCAGCUGAUCCGGGCAUAGUUCCACAACUCCAAAAUAUUGUAUCGACGGUGAACUUAAACUGCAAGUUGGACUUAAAAAAAAUUGCUCUACAUGCAAGAAAUGCCGAAUACAACCCCAAACGUUUUGCUGCCGUCAUUAUGAGAAUAAGAGAACCCCGGACCACUGCUUUGAUAUUUUCUUCUGGAAAGAUGGUGUGUACGGGCGCCAAAAGUGAAGAAGAUUCCCGACUGGCAGCCCGUAAAUACGCAAGAAUUAUACAGAAACUGGGGUUUCCCGCAAAGUUCUUAGAUUUCAAAAUUCAGAAUAUGGUGGGGAGUUGCGAUGUGAAGUUCCCCAUUCGACUAGAAGGACUAGUGCUCACCCACAGCUCAUUCAGUUCUUACGAGCCCGAACUCUUUCCCGGCCUUAUUUACCGUAUGGUCAAACCAAGAAUAGUAUUGCUAAUUUUUGUGUCUGGUAAAGUGGUACUGACAGGAGCCAAAGUUCGACAGGAAAUAUAUGAAGCUUUCGAUAAUAUAUAUCCAAUAUUAAAGAGCUUCAAGAAGCAGUAAGACUUAUUUAUUAAGUUUUGGGUUUAAAUUUAUAACUGUUGUCUUGAAGCACGUUUUUGUUGACCUAAUUAUCACAAUUCGUUUGACAAGUUUUAUUGUUAAUAUAGAACUAAUUUUGUCUACGCUGUUUUUGUCAUUGAAACAAAUGUUAUUUAAGUUUACAAAAAAUUUUCAAAACGAGGCAUCGAUUGUUUGAGAAACACAUGUUGGGAAUAGUCUAGCUUUUUCAACUUUUAUUUU